AUUCAAGGUACUAUUACUCCAAUAAGUGUAUUAAGCAACCUAUAAUUCGGGGGGGGGAUUCAUCUUUUAGCAGGUUUUGGUGAACUUCGGAUGGAGGCAUAUCGUUGUAGUGCUGCAAAACCGAUUUCAGGACCCAGCUGCAACACCAGAAUACCAGAUUCACCUCGAACUCAAUGGAAGAUAUAUGUCUUUUCCAUUCCAGUUAAAAUCACACAAUUUGUAUCACUGUGAGGAGCCGUAGAUUGUACCAUAUCUGGUUUGAAUGUUUGAUAUGGUAGCCAUUGAUUGGAUUAUCAAAUGUUUUUCAAGGCUUUCAAAAAAGAACAGCUGGAACUGUAUCAAAUUAGAACAGAUUUGUACACUCCAAAUCACACCUGGCUGUAAUGAUUGGAAGGGGGGGGGGAUUUUCUUCGUGUCCAGGAGACUAGAAGAGAGGGCAAUAAAUACAUCUCCAUUCUAGCAGGUGUGGCCGUAGUGAUUGUCAGAAUCCCUUCCUGAAAGCACUGCUGUCAUUUAUUGACAGGUUGCCAAAGAGUACUAUAUAGACAUAAAAGGGAAAAGCCAUCAAUAUAUAUGGGGGACUCUCUAAGAUGGGGGAGAGGACCUCUCGUGAAUCACUCUCUAGAGGGGAAGUUUGACGGGUGAAUCACUAGGUGUCAACAAUUAGGAGAUUUUGGGAUACGGGAAGAGUGCUUACUCAGGAUCCUUAGAGUCAUACAAGGGUACUAUGACUGAACCUUUGGUUUCACCUCCAGAAGACUUGACCAUACUGCAGCCUACAACACAUUUACAGUUGGCUAAGGAUUUUCAUCACACUUUAGCAGAUGGGCAGUCCAAUGGACUCCAAUGAGUCUUCUAGCCUUUCAGGAGUAGGGGUUGUUGAUGUGAUGCCCUUAGCUGUAGAGUUCAGUAGUGACCUCUAUCGAAUCUCCCCUUGCAACGGCUUUUAUCCUAAACUCCUCUAAUCAGUUUGGUGCGCUUUCAUUGUUACUAGACCAAGAAGAGUGCUAUAGAAGACCAUGUGUCCGAAAGCCCCAUCCUUUUGAACGAAAGAUCACUACUGUUGGGUAACAAUGCCCUUGAAGAAUAUGACCACCCACCAAACUGAAGAUCCAACUUGAUACUCUCUUUAAGAUGGGGACGACAAAGUUUUUUAAUGAUUCUUGACUGGAAGCCGUUGAUUUUGACAACAAGAGACGUUGCACUCUAUUCAUGGAUCAGAAGAAGAGAUACUCUUGAAGGUGUCUAUUCUGGUCUGCCAUAGGUUUGCUCAUUCUAAAAGUGCAGCAGCUAGCUCCUUAUGUCUAUCGUCAAGAGCUUACACGUACAAGAAGAUGGAUGAUUGCAUAGGGAGAAACACUUCUUUUCAGGGGAGUAUCCAUGUCCGGGGUGGGGUAGCUUCUGUCGUUCGCUAUCUAGAGGGUCGUCAAAAUCUCCUUCGCCGGCGGCUACAUCGCAAUCCUUUUUUCAAAAAGCAAGGUGAGGGUGAGGAGAUGGUUGAGUGUGGAGGCGACGGGCGUGGAGAAGAAGCGGCGGUUCCUCACACAGAAGAGUGCGCAGUGUGCUGUGUCAAACGCCGAGCACCCACGGUUCAUCACCAAGUCCGAUCUAAAGGGGAGGAGGAGGAGGAUGACACGCCCAAUUUCUUCAAGGUCAUCAACCGGUUGUUUUUUAACAAGAGAAACUGCACACAAGGAGAAUUGUUAACUCAAUUUCAGGGAUGGAAAGAUUCGGUCAAUUUUUUUUAUCCAAAGCAUGUAUUCGUCUCAAGUUCGGACACUCAUGAAUUCGAAGUGCGAGCCUAAAAUUCAUCUAAAGGACAUAAUUCUAAUAACUGUGAUGUUAAAAGUUAUUUAAAUCAUGAUAAUUUGUAACUUUUAUUUUUAUUUGUGAGAUGAAUGUGGUAUGAACAUUUAUUAUUUGUUGGAUGUGAUGAAUAUUAUUUGACAUUUUAUUUAAAUUUAAUCAGCUUUGUUAUUAUGGUGUGAAUAUUAGAUGCUUUUAUUGUUGAAUUUUGUAAUAUUUCCGAAUUAAAAUUUUUAUUUUUUU